GCACUAGUGACUUGGCUGGCCAGUUGUCAGCGCUCUCAUUCUCUGAAGUCAGGUGUUCAAGAUCUUCACAUCUUCACGAUGAAUAGGGCUGAUUAUUUGUCCUUCCCAGCCAUUGUAGGCACUCCUGGCCAGUACAACAACAUGAGGAAAAUGUGGGAUGGACACCAUUAUAAAUAUCACAUGGACAGAAUGGAGAAUGUGAAAGCAAUGGUUGACAACAAGGCUCCGAGAACAUUUAUCCACUGUCACUUGAAAAUGAAGAAAAUUCAGAGAGAACAGGAGCACUUGCUGGAGGUGGAGAAGAACAACCGGGUCCUGGUGUCCCGUAUCGCCCGCACCAUGGCCAGGCAGGGAGUAGACAACUGGAACGACGACUACGAGGUCUUCUCCAAGGACAGGGCCAAUGCGGAUGCCGACGUGCGGAACAGGGGGCUGGUGAAGAUCUCACUGGAGAACCAAGCCAUCCUGGAGAAGAUCACCUGCACCAAGCCCGUCUACAACCACAAGAAAUGGCUCAAGGACUUCAGGGUGACAAGAGAGUACCACACCCGUCUCAGGAAAUAUCCAGAAACCACCUGCAAGAAGCUGUCCCCUUUGAAUCUUCUGUGAACCUGCUCAACUGAACAUCAACUCUGACGCUGCAUUUUAUGAAGUCCAUCAUCCAACUUUAUUGGUUUUAUUAAAUGUGAAAUGUGAUACAAAAGGAAUCAACCUGCCAAAUUAUUAAAACAAUUGUUCGAUAUUUA